AUGGGCGCCCAGCCAGUCGCCGCUGCCGAACGCAUACCUUGCAGCCACCGGCCCUCUAAGCUCCCGCCUAGCACCUACGACAGAAUCUUCGCAUUGACUGUCGAGAACGACUGUGACGACUUCGAAGACAAGGUCUUCCAUGUUUACCGUGAGGUCUUGAAACAUUCUUCUAUCUGGUUCAGCAAACGUUUGGAAGAUGAGUGGAAAGGAGAUACAGGCUCUAUGAACCUCCAUAAAUACAAAACCCCUUUUUGCUCUGCCGUGGAUAUUUUCGAACUCUUCUUCUACUGGCUGAACACAGGAGAGCUUGCCAUCUCAACCUUCGCCGCGCACAUGGUAUUGGAGUCUCUGGCUACGGCUUACGAGUUUUCGAACGAGUAUGAUAUUAACGAAUUUGGUAAUGCUCUUUUAGAUGCCUUCUACCUCCAUCUUGUUGAGCUGGGCGUGAUGAUUCCGUCUACCAUCGUGGCCAUCUACAAACUCACAGAAGAAGAUAGUGAGGUGCGACGGAUGUCAGCUGAAUGGGUCUUUGAGAAUGGCGAUACUGCUAUGUCAACAUCUCGUCGCAAAAAAAUUGACAGGGAUAUUCUGUGGGAAACUAUCAACAUGUCGUACGAGCAUAAACAAGGAGUCGGCUAUCUGAAGCGCCUAACAAAGGGCCAGCGCCUUGAUCAUAUUCAGAACGCCAAAGAUCACCUCUGCGAGAAUUUUCACGAUCAUGACUUGGAGUCAAUCAAAACCGAUGAGGAUUAA